CUCAAAGAGAGAGCUAUUCAAAAAAAAUCUCUGCUCCGUCUCCAAAUUAUUUGCCAUGGAAGAUUUGAGUUCCAAUCAGAAUCUUCCGCCGCGUCAAUCAGAUUUCUCCAUCCCUGCGGCGAAGAUGGAUUCGUUUCAGAAAUCGCUAGAACCGCCGCCGAGUUCUCCGGCGAAAUCUUCUCAAGAAUCAGCCACGGAAGUCACACCGCCGCAGAAACCACCGCUUCACCGAUUUGGUCACAACCAAGUUCAACAGAAUCAAUCAGAGAAGUGUCGAGUGAGAAAUCAAGAUCCAUUGGACUCAGUAAGAAAUAUUGAAGUUGAAUCGAAAGAGAAUACUCCAAAUAAACAACAGAGACAUUGCAAUUGUAAAAACUCAAAGUGUUUGAAACUGUAUUGUGAAUGCUUUGCGUCUGGAUCUUAUUGUAAUGGUUGUAACUGUUUGAAUUGUCACAACAAAUUGGAGAAUGAGUCUUCGAGGCAAGUAGCUAUCACGGCGAUCUUAGAGCGUAAUCCGGAUGCGUUUAAGCCUAAGAUUGCUGGUAGUCCUCAUGGAGUGAAAGAUUUGCAGGAGAAUGUGCGGCAGAUUCUGCUUGUUGGAAAGCAUAGCAAAGGAUGUCACUGUAAGAAAUCAGGAUGCCUCAAGAAGUACUGUGAGUGUUACCAGGCGAAUAUUCUAUGUUCGGAUAAUUGUAAAUGUCAAGAUUGCAAGAACUUUGAAGGAAGCGAAGAAAGAAAUUCUCUUCUUCAUAGAUCUCACGUCUCUGAAACUUACAUACAACAGUUGACCAAUGCUGCUGUUAACCGCGCCAUCGACAUGUCUGCUUAUCUGAACCCUCCUGAAUCAAGAAAGAGAAAGAGCAAUGACACUUCACAUUCUGUUGAAGCUAGAGGUUCAUCUGCAGUUUCGUCACACGUUGUCCAAAAUCAGAGGGUAAACAGUGUUACAAGAAAUGGAGACACUUCUCUAUUUUCACUCCCUAACAAAAAGGCGGUAUCCGGGUCUACAACAAGUGCUUACAGGUCUUCUCUGUCAAAUAUUAUCCAACCACAUCAUGUCAGAGAGUUAUGUUCGCUUUUGGUCUCAAAAUCGGUGAAUGUAGCAAAGAAAUUGUCAGACAAAGGGAGGAAGAACGACAAAGACCCUUCAUUUGAUCGAACCCGAAUAAAUGCUAAUGAGAUCAAUGACUCUCCAGAUUGUGUCCUUGAUGCUAAUAGAAUAGACGAGAAGCCUUUAUCUCCAGCAACACGUGCAUUGAUGUGUGACGAAGAAAAUGAUAUCGGGUCAGAGAAAGAGACGUCGGCCCGAGUGAAAAGAAGGCAAGAGAAAGAAGGCACAGACACAAGCUCGGUUAUUUACUUAGAACAAGAAAGACAGAUCUUGUCAAGCUUCAGGGACUAUCUCAUUCAUCUCUCAAACCGUGCGAGCGUAAAUGCAGGAACAAAUAUCAAAACCAACACAAAUCCAAGCUGAAAGAAACCAGAAGAUGAAGAACAAAGCCAUCGAGAUUCGAGACUCAAGUUUUUGGGGCAUUACUUAGGGAACUUUUCUGACAACAACUUUAGGAUCUAACUCAUUUUAACGUACGAUCCAUGUCACAUUUUUUAUUUAAAGGGAAAAAAAGUUAUAGGAAGAUUA